GAUCACUGUGUCACAGCACUCGAAAACCCCUACAGCUCAUGCCAUGAAGGAGGAGAACUUCCUUCGGCGCAGGUUCUCCCUCUGCCCGGCCUCGUCCACCCCACAGAAGGUCGACCCUCGCAAGCUGACACGCAACCUCUUCUUUGGGACCGACAAUGACAUCUACCCRCUCAGCCCAGGGAAGGACGUGGAAGGGAACAGCCCCUCAGCACUGAAGGACGAGACACCGCAGACGCCAAACUCCAUCAGUAAGAAUGAAUAUAAGCUUUGCAAUGGCUCUGACAAAGAGUGUGUGUCUCCUACAGCCAAAUUCAUGAAGAAGGAAACUCUGAAGGUACAAAAAAAAAAUUACAGGCAGGAGAAGAAACGAGCUACCAAGCAGCUCUUCAGCGCUCUCAAGGACCCCAGUGUGGUGAUCACAGCAGACUGGCUGAAGAUCCGUGGGACUCUGAAGAGCUGGACCAAGCUGUGGUGUGUUCUGAAACCAGGAGUGCUGCUGAUUUAUAAAACACCAAAGAUCGGACAGUGGGUUGGGACAAUCUUGCUCCAUUCUUGUGAGCUGAUCGAGAGACCCUCCAAAAAGGACGGCUUCUGUUUUAAGCUGUUUCAUCCUUUGGAUCAAUCCAUCUGGGCUGUAAAGGGCCCAAAAGGAGAAAAUGUUGGUUCGAUCACUCAGCCUCUUCCCAGCAGUUACUUGAUCUUCAGAGCAGCCUCCGAAUCAGAUGGCCGGUGCUGGCUGGAUGCUCUGGAGCUUGCCCUGCGCUGCUCCAGCCUCUUUCGGCUCAGUGCCUCCAAGCAGGGCAAGGAUGGAGAAAUGAACUGCUCGAGCGACGCAGCCCACGCAGGGCUCAACAACCUCUUACACACGAGCACCAUCUCGGACCAGGAGCUCUUCCACUUGAAUGACUCAGCCUUGGAGAACAACCACCAUUUGGAGAAUGAUGCUUUUUCAGACAAGUCCGAGAGAGACAAUGUAGAGGAAUCAGAGAAUGAAACGCAUGAGAACAGCCGAAAGACGAAUGAAAGCGAGAGCGAUCAGUCAGAAAUGCAUGGAGAGGUCUCCCCAGGAGGGAAAGGGACGACUUAUAUUGAACAGAUCUAUGAAGAAUUUGGGGAGACAGGUGAGUCAUCUCAGACAGAAACUGUCUCAGAGGAGAACAAGAGCCUGAUGUGGAUCCUGCUGAAGCAGCUGCGGCCAGGCAUGGACCUGUCCCGCGUGGUGCUGCCCACCUUCAUCCUGGAGCCCCGCUCGUUCCUGAACAAACUCUCCGACUACUACUACCACGCGGAUCUGCUUUCCCAGGCUGCCCUUGAAGAAGAGCCAUACAGUCGAAUUAAGCAAGUUUUGAGGUGGUAUUUGUCUGGCUUCUAUAAGAAGCCAAAGGGAAUAAAAAAGCCAUACAACCCUAUCCUGGGAGAGACAUUCCGCUGCUGUUGGUUUCACCCUCAGACGAACAGCCACACAUUUUACAUAGCAGAACAGGUUUCUCACCACCCACCGGUGUCAGCCUUCCACGUCAGCAAUAGGAAGGAUGGGUUCUGCAUCAGCGGCAGCAUUCUGGCGAGGUCCAAGUUUUAUGGAAACUCGCUUUCUGCAUUGUUGGAUGGGAAAGCAAAGCUUACAUUUCUAAAUAGGAGUGAAGAUUACAUCAUUACUAUGCCAUAUGCUCACUGUAAAGGAAUUUUAUAUGGUACAAUGACAAUGGAGCUUGGAGGGAAAGUUACCAUCGACUGUGAGAAAACUAAUCACCGGGCAGAACUGGAAUUCAAGCUAAAGCCCUUCUUCGGUGGCAGCACAAGCAUUAAUCAAAUCUCCGGGAAGAUUAAGUCAGGAGAAGAAGUGCUAGCAAGCCUCGAUGGCCACUGGGAUGGAGAAGUGCACAUAAAUGAGCUGAAAAGCGGGAACACGGAAAUAUUCUGGAACCCGACAAGUGAGGUGCGACGGCAGAGGUUGAAGCGCCACAUUGUGCUCUUUGAGGAGCAGACGGACUUCGAGUCAGAGAGGCUUUGGCAGCAUGUAACUAGUGCAAUAAACAAAGGUGAUCAGCACAAGGCAACGCAGGAAAAAUUUGUGCUGGAAGAAGAGCAGAGAAACGCUGCCCGGGAGCGGAAGGAGAACGGCACAGAGUGGAAACCGCUGCUCUUCCAGCACGACGCUGUCACUAACGAAUGGCGCUACAAAUAUGAGGAUUUAAGACCUUGGGAUCCUUUGAAUGACAUUGCUCAAUUUGAGAAGAACGGGAUACUUCAGACCAUGGAGCGACACUUAUCCACAGGGAUGUCAAACCACAAAAUGACAUGCAUAAACAACCAAGUUACCCGGCACAAGAGGUCUGCCAAGGAUUGCAGGCGCCGGAAAGCCAGUGAUCAGCCAUCCAACCACAGCCAGAACACAGAGAGCAGUUGUUCAACGCCCGAGUCUGUGCAGGAGUUGUCAGAUGAUGACGGCAAGUAUUUGGGGUUUGAAAGUUUGUGCACUCAGUGUGGGAAAGAGAUGAAUCACUUGAAGGAAAUACAUUCGGCUGUCUUAUCCCUGCAGAAAGCCCAACAGGACAUACACAGAAACCUCAGUUCUCUGAACAAAAAAUCCUUCCACAGGAAGGGCUCUUCUGGAAGCUUCCUUCUGGACUCUCGCUGCUGGUUUCUCCUGUGCAUCUUUCUCACAUGCCAACUGUUCAUUAAUUAUGUCCUCAAAUAAAAGCACUACGUUUGGCAGCAAUAACGAUUCCUGGCUGCAGGAGGGGGGGCCACUCGCACAAGGAGCCCGGCGAGGCACCAAAGCACUUUAGAACCAACGCGGCGGAGGUGGAAGCAAGUUGUAAAACAAGGUGAAAAGGGACCUAGGAACCUGCAACACUUUGUUCCUCUGGAUUACGUCAUUUUUGCCUUUUACAUGUACAUCUUCAAGGACCUCUUAACCUGUAUGGGCCUUAAUGCUGAAGCCAAAUGUAGCUUUAAUUGUGCAAUUUGUUUCUAUGUCUUGUCAUUUUCUGAUGCAAUUAAUAAUUACCCACCAGUAUUGAUACCCCAAAAAUAGUAAACACCCCAGCAUUUUGGCAGGGUCACACAGGUCUGUUUUAUAUGACUUAGGGAAUGCAGCUGGGGAGCUGUAAAAAAAAGUUCRUGGUGCCUGUCCAGCUGCAUUUAAUUAGGGGAGGUAGCAACACUUGGUCCAAAAAAUUCACCCCCUGCGUAUUAGACCAYGAUUUGUUUUGUCAGCACACACAGAACGGGACCUCCGAAUGUGUUUUGUUUUCCAUUCCACAAGAACUGUAAAUAUGCACGAUUUCCUAGAGCUGUUCUUCUUUAGGAAACGGGAAGUAUUUGGUAAAAGCUCCUUGUUCUUUUACAGAGCUGAUUCAUGUCCUGGACCAGGCCAACGGAGUGAAAUGUCGGACAUGCCUGUUUGUAAAACCUGGUUCCAUAUUCUUAUUGUUAUUAUUUGCUAUAUGGCUGUUUUGUAAUAUCACACACUAGCACUUGAGAGAGGAAUCACUGCCCUAAAAUAGAUGACAAGAGUGGGAGCAAGUGGAGGUGUAUGUAUGUUCGAUCAUAGGCACGUUUAUCGUCAAAGGUCAGGAAGGAAGAAGGGUUUUGCCACUGCAUUGUUCAACUCUGUUAAUAGUCUUCCUAUUUUACAACUUUUUUUAAAGAUCUGCAAUAUUUUAUGUAGACAGCAGACAAUACUAAGCCUUUCUUUUCUGGCCUGAAGUAGUUCCAAGUGGUAAGUACUGCUAUAUAUACAGCCUUAAAAUACUUAGUGGUGGUGCCAGUCCGGGCUAACUUUCAAUGUAAAUGUUUCCAAA